AUGAAGGCUAUAUGUGAUAGAUUUCUUCCUUCAAACUGUUCAUCAUCAUCAAGCGCUGAUGAAAAACGUGAUAAAUCCCCAACAUCUCUAGUUUCAGAUUCAGCAUCUAGGGGUAACGAGUCAAAGUUAACGUUAUCCCCGAGUGUGUGUAGUGAGGCUUCAACAUCCGAGGAUAAGCCACAUAAUGGUUGGACAGUGAUUCUGAAAACAGCUUCUAUGGCUAGUGGAGCAAUUAGGAGAUUUCAAGAUCGUGUCUUAGGGCCGAGUAGGACCGGUGUUCCAAGCAGUACAAGUGAGAUAUGGCUCCUCGGUGUCUGUUAUAAGAUCUCAGAAAGUGAAUCCUCAGAAGAAGCAAAUGCUGGCAGUGUGUUGGCUGCUUUCACACAAGAUUUUUCUUCCUUACUACUAAUGACUUAUCGUAGAGGUUUUGAGCCUAUUGGAGACACAACUUUUACUAGUGAUGUAAACUGGGGUUGCAUGCUUCGAAGCAGCCAGAUGCUCUUCGCACAGGCAUUGCUAUUUCAAAAGCUGGGAAGGUCUUGGAGGAAAAAGGGAUCUGAGACGCCUGAAGGGGAAUACUUAGAGAUCUUAGAAACUUUUGGUGAUUCUGUGGCUUCAGCAUUCUCAAUUCAUAACCUUAUAGUAGCUGGAGAAUCUUAUGGCCUGGCUGCUGGGUCAUGGGUAGGACCAUAUGCUGUUUGUCGAUCAUGGGAAUCGUUAGUUCGGAAGAAGAGAGAAGAAACUGAUGUUAAACAUCAUUCGUGUUCCAUGGCUGUUCAUAUCGUUUCUGGCAGCGAAGAUGGAGAGAGAGGCGGAGCUCCAAUUCUCUGUAUAGAAGAUGUCCUGAAAUCUUGCUUGGAAUAUUCACAAGGAGAAACUGAGUGGACGCCAGUUCUUCUCUUAGUCCCGCUCGUUCUUGGACUUGACAAAGUGAAUCCGAGGUACAUUCCAUCUCUGAUAGGCACUUUCACUUUCCCUCAAAGCCUUGGCAUUUUGGGAGGCAAACCGGGUGCAUCAACUUACAUAGUUGGAGUUCAAGAAGACAAAGGUUUCUACCUUGAUCCGCAUGAUGUUCAACAGGUUGUGACAGUCAGCAAAGAAAAUCAAGAUGUUGACACAUCGUCUUAUCAUUGCAAUAAUCUCCGUUACGUUCCGUUGGAGUCACUUGACCCCUCACUAGCUCUUGGAUUUCAUUGUAGGGACAAAGAUGAUUUUGAUGAUUUUUGUACCCGAGCAACGAAGCUAGCCGGAGAUUCCAACGGAGCUCCAUUGUUCACGGUGACUCAAUCUCAUAGGAUUGCAGCAACCAGCACAGUGACAUCUACAGAGAUCUCUGGUGAGGAACAUGAAGAUGAGUGGCAAUUACUUUGA